AACCACCUGAUCAUUGUCUGCUGCCAUGCAAUCUGGGCUGGAGGCCCUACCAAAGGCCAGGAUGAGUCUGAGUGGAUUAUCGAAAGCUGGAAAAAGGGCGAAACGCCUACGUACACGGAACACAUCAAAGCUGGCCUACGAGCGUUGCGCGACGAUGACCGAUCCGUGCUGAUAUUCUCAGGAGGCCCCACUGUCUCGAAAACAUCCCUCUCAGAAGGUCGUAGUUAUGCAGACCUUGCCGCCGCCAACUCAUACUGGGACAUCCUCCCAAUCACACUCGAAUCCAACCCACCACCAGCUUCUUCUUCUUCUUCUUCUUCUUCUUCUUCUUCUUCUUCUUCUUCUACGCAUGCACUUUCCCGCAUCUCACUUUCCCACCCACGUAUCCUGGUAGAAGAACGCGCCCUCGACUCAUACCAGAACAUCCUGUUCAGCCUCAUCCACUUCUGGCGGUCGUGCGGCGACCACUACGCACACUGGCCCACGCACCUCACCAUCGUCAGCCACGCGUUCAAGAGGCGGCGUCUCGUUUCCGCACACUGUGCCGCGCUGGGGUUCCCGCUGGAGAGGGUGAGGUUCGUUGGGAUCAAUCCGCCUGGCGUGCCCGAGGUGGUGGAGAACGAGGAGCGGGCGGUGGAGGAAUGGCUGCGGGAUCCGCAGGGCCAGUCGGCGGGGCUGAAGGGGAAGAGGCAUAGGCGGAACCCGUGGAGGGUGUCGCAGGCGUUGUUCUUGGAUGAGGACGAGAGGAGGAAGAGUGGGAUUGGAACGGAGGUUGUGGAUGAUGGAGAGGAG